CCGGGGCACACCAGGCCGCCCGUGGACGCGGUGCCUCCCUCCCUUCGCUCGCCUCCCGCCCGGCCCUGGUGCGGGCGCUUCGCCGCGGCCGGCGGUGUGAGAGCGGGGGACGUCAGUGCGAGGGGGCCGGUCCUGGGCAGGGCAGGGCGGCCGCGUCCCGUCCCUCCCCGCCCCUCGCUGCGGCUCCCUCCCUCCCUCCGGCUGAGGGCGGCCGGGUCGGCGCUCAGCGGGAUCCAAGUCCUCCUCUCUCGGUGCAUGGUCGCGGCGGGAGCCGAAAAGGGCGAGCCCGGCGGGGCGGGGGCCGGCGGCGGCGGCGACGACAACAGAGCCCCAGCGCGGAGGAGCCGCCUCUGCCCGGCAGAGGUAUUGCCAGGCAUCUGAAGUGGUUGACCAAGCCUAGGGACUUGGAACAGUGGUGUGUGAUGUCAAACAGUGCGCAGUCCUUGCAGCCUCCCCCACCAGCCUGCAGUGUCAUAUGCCAGUAUGAAUAUUAAGAAAGAAAACUGUAUUUCAGAGCUCAGCAUCCCAGAAGGAAAAAAGGAGGAACUAAACAGAAAGAACAAAUGACUGCACUGCUUGCAAAACUUGAGGCUGUUCAUUUUUUCUUCUGAGAAGCUUCAUCUUGGCCUUUGUGAGAGAGUUGAAAGAGCAGCCAGAGCAGACAUAGUGGUUUUCUUAGGGUCCUUUUUUCCUUUUUUAAUUUAAUUUUUCCCCCCAGUACCUGGAUUUUAAGACUGUCUGCUGCACUGAUCACAAGCACUGGACAUCAAUAUGUGUCAUGUCAUUGUAACGUGUCGGUCAAUGCUAUGGACUCUCCUGAGUAUCGUGGUGGCUUUUGCGGAGCUCAUUGCCUUCAUGAGCGCAGACUGGCUGAUUGGGAAAGCAAAGCCUUCAAGCUCCGAGGAUGUGGACAACAGAACAGGAGGAUCACAGGAGCCUUACCAUCCAACUCUGGGCAUCUACGGGCGCUGCACCAGAAUCUCCCACAUGCAGUUUUCUAGACGAGACACGCUUUGUGGUCCUUACGCUGAAAACUUCAAUGAGAUUGCCAGUGGGUUCUGGCAGGCGACCGCUAUUUUCCUAGCCAUGGGAAUCAUGAUUCUCUGUACCGUGGCAUUUGUGUCUGUCUUUACUAUGUGUGUGCAGAGUAUUAUGAAGAAAAGCAUUUUUAAUGUCUGUGGGCUGCUACAAGGGAUUGCAGGUUGGGGAUGCCAGAAGGCAAUAAGCUAUUGUGGACCUUAUGCUUCUGCUUACAAACUAGGAGACUGCUCCUUGGGCUGGGCUUUCUACACAGCCAUCGGUGGCACUGUUCUGACGUUCAUCUGUGCAGUCUUCUCGGCGCAAGCUGAAAUAGCCACGUCCAGUGACAAAGUGCAAGAAGAAAUAGAAGAAGGAAAAAACCUUAUCUGCCUCCUUUAACUGCAGUGGGGGAAAAUACCAGCGUCUGGAUCUUUAUCUGCUUUCCAUUGACUGGACAAGCAGAUCCACUUACCUGUUUUUACCAUUUGUGUGAUUGAGCCCCAUGCAUUCCAGCCCCGAACUACUGAAAGGGUCUUUCUUCCUUGCUGGGCAAUGGGGAUCAGAGAAAGGAUCCCAAGAAAGCAGAAUGUAAAUACUUGGGGAUAUUUUUAGUUUCAUUCUGUGAUCAGGACACAGUGGAAUAUAUUGAUCUGACUGGGGAUGUGAGUAAACACCUGUAUAUAGCAGGAAUGUUGUUAUAACUGACAAAUUCUGAUUGAUUGGAUUGCCUAACCCACCCUGGUCACUUUGAAGAAUUUGGGUUUAAAAUAAUAAAAGAUAGCACACUUUUUUCUUUUCUUAUGCAAAAAAGAAGCCUAUUUUACUGAGGUUUUGUUUCCAAGGGCUCCCCUCACUGGUGAAUAUUUCUUCACCACCACCUGAUUUGGUACCAUACUUUUCAUUGAGGUGCUUUUUGAUACUGAACCUGGAUAGGAAGUCUAUGCUGGAGAGAGCAAAGCUGACUUGAUGCAGUUCACACCAAUCCUUAAGCAUUUAGAAAGUUAAGUUCCUGCCAGGUUUCUCUGUCUUGAAACUUAAGAGUGCAAGGUGUGUGCCACUUGUUACUUAGCAGGUAAAUUAUUUUGUUUCCACUGACUAGACAGAAAAGUUGUUGCACUGGCUCUCACCUCUCACCUGAUUCAGACAAAACUGAAGUAUUUCUACAGCCUUUAUUAAAACUUCUGAACUCCCAAGCAGAUGACAACUCCCCAUGGCACCAGCCUGACCUGGGCUACAGCCUCUCCUACAGCUGUGGAUCUCAUGUUUUACUUCAGCAGUAUUUCUUUUUCUGUCAUCAAUGAAACCUCAUUCACAGUCUACAGAUCAGUCUGUCUCAUGACCCAGAGGCACAUUAGUCUUUGGGAAAUCAAAAUUUUUCAGGAAGUCUGGCCAAAUUCUACAUGGCUGGGAAGAUUUUGUCUUUUUUUUUUUUUUUUUUUUAAAUUGUGUGUGGUAUGGACCUUUUUCCAAUUAAACCAGCAGAAAUUAAACAGACCUUGCACAAAUGACAUUCCUUUCUCAAAGGCAGUUGGUUGUGUUACUUGUGAUGUUGCCUCACUUACUAGAACUAUUUUGGAAAACAAGUUUGAAAGGUAUUUAAAAAAAAAAAAUGUAGCUGUGCCAUAGGAGCAUUGGGGAUAAUUCAUCUGAGAAAUAGUUCUAAUGAAAUACUAGGUGAACUUUAGAUUCCUCUUCUUACUUCUAGGUAGUUUAACAUCAUACAAAUGAGAGUGUUGCUUCACUGUGUAAUAUGGAGCAGAGAUUCUUGUUGAUGUGUGGUCAGCCCCUUAAAGCGUGCCAUUAGUUAUUUAUAGGUAUUAAAAAAUUAUUGCUACUGUACAGGUAGAUAGCCAAUUUCAAGACACUGCUCAAGUCCUUUGCAACACCGGAGCUGCUCAGCAGCCCUGACAACACGCCCAGGGCCAGCCUCAAGGAAGGGGUGAACAGCCACAGAGUUGGGGCCCUCUUCCAGCACCUGCCAUGCCCUACGGACACUGUGGCACACACAGAGCAGCUCCCAGGUUGCGCCUGUCUGUGCCUAGUGCUCCUUCAGACCAUGUGCUGGACGGAUACCGAGGUGACUUCUGAGGCACAGUGCAAUGAAUAAGGUCAACUUUUGCCUAUCUGCAGAAAGGGACUGUUUUAAUCUAGCCUCUUCCUGCAUUCACCUGCUCCUGCAACCCACAUCCACCAUCUUCUAGUUUAAAACGGGUAAUUCACUUCUCUUUUAAAUAUUUAUUUUAAACACACCCUCCCUCAAAAGUUAUGGUCUGGGACCAUUUCUACCAAGUGCCUGCACAAAGCACGAUUUUAACAAAGCAAAAUUACCAGCACAAAGCAGUGCCCAAGGAUGAAAAUCACAGCCUGCACACUCUGUCCACAGCUGUGUUUGUCUCCUUGGUUUUGCCUCAUAAACACACCCCCCCACAACCUGAAUGGCAUGCACUGGGCUUGUCCCCGGGGUCCAGUGAGGCGUCCUCCAGGCGUCCCUCCUGAGCCCCCACUGGAGCGUGUGCUGGAGCCUGGCUGCCAGCUAAGCUCUGCUAUUGGGAAAUGGGGGGCUAGCAGUUGUACAAGUAGCAUAUAGCUCAGUUAAAAAUUAAUGAAUAAGUAGAUUUACUGUUUUAGAUUUCCUGGGUGGGUGGCAAUCCAAUGUCCAGGUCACCACUGCCAACAAAUCUUGAUACUAUAUUAGGGUGAGAAAUGCUGCUUUGGCUUGAGCACUUGAUUAGUCAGAAUCAAGUCAGUUCUUCCAAAGGUAUAGAGGGCAUACACCGCUCUGGCUGAGACGCAAACAAUGAGCAAUCUUCACUUACGUUACUAGCUGACCUCUGCUGUGAUCUACACAAUGCUUAAAAAAAUUUCAAUAGUGCAUUUUUGGUUUUUUUUUAAGUACGAAGGAGAUAUUUUCAGUGGCAUAUUUUGCUUUUGUUUGCAUUUGUAACCAAGAAGAACCAGCUUUUCUGCUUGUUGCUGGUAUAUUAUCAGCUUGCUCUGCAACACCAUAAUCAACUAACUUGCAAGAAUACCCAUGUUCAUCACAUUGCAGAGACAGAAGACAGGCUGGGAAGAAAUACAGAAUAAAUAUAAUCAGAAUUUCUUUUCUCAGGGUUCUGUUUUUCUAGCAAGUGAUAAGAUGGUAUAUACAGCAGAUUUUUUUUUCCUGGAUGAGGUUUUCAUGUGCAGGAGGAUGCACUCAGUAAAUUUCACAGCUGUUUAAAUUGCUCCUGAAGUUCACCUCAGCAGCAGCUUUGGGAGAAAAAAAAAAAGAAAGAAAAAUCAGCUUAAAGCUAAUUUAACUGAUUUCAUGAGUGGGCUGCAGAGUGUAACUGCUUCUUAAUGUACAUGCACUGCAUAGAUCUAGAAAAAUUUGCUGUGGAUUCUUUCAAACCUGUGUGCCAGUUAAUUCAGUUUAAUUUUGUUUUUGUGGUAUUGAAGAAUUCUUCAAACAUCUGUGGUUUCAUCAACUUCUUAAACUUGUAUUCAAUAAAGUGCCAUAAACCUCUUUAACUGUAGCAUAUUUAAAUAUAAAUAUAUAUGUGUGUGUAUAUAUGUAUGUGUGUAGAUACACACACACACACACACAUAUAUAUAUACAAACUUGUGUGAGAUGUGCAAUACCAGGAAUAGAUUUUGUGGUGGGCUUUUUUGUUUUUUAACUUUAGUUUUUGCUUUUAAACAAGUGAUUUGAAAAGGGACUUCCCAGGGAAGAAGUGGCCAGAAUUUGGUGGUGUGGAUAUAGAGUAAUGCAAUAGAAUCACUGAUGCUGAAGAUUAAUACAACAGUAAGAGUGGCUUGAAGAGUUAACAAAAAUAUCUUCUAGACUGAUUUGAAUUACUCAGAUCUAUGUAAUACAAACACUUCCAAUGUGAAGUUGUGUCCACCUCUGGCCACACUCUACAAGCUGAAAAGGCUCAGCAAGGUUUCUUGAUGUGCUUUAUUUGUAAUGCAGCACUGCAAAAAAACAUUGCUACUGAGCUAUUGUUUCUAGGUUGUCUAUAUCACCUUUGUAUCUAUUUUACUUAAUAAAGUUCUCUGGAUUCUGAGAUUUUUUUUUUUUUCAGCUAAAUCAUUUCCAUUUUGCUUUGUUACCCCCCAUCAGAGUUUCCUAUGUCCUAGUGGUAAAUGGAAAGGAAUUCAGGCCUUCCUUGAAAGCCAUGGGCACUGGUGCCUACCUCAAGGAAAGGACAGAGUCCAACAAAAGCAGAGCACGGCAGCCACAUAGACACCACAGCUCCUCUGUAUAGGAAGUGUGGCUGCACCAAUCCAGCUAGAGUAGUUUUUGAGCCAUGGUUUAUUUGUGGUACUAUUUUUCUGUUCUUGAGUCACCACUAUGUACAUUUGUUAGCAUGAAUGAUGUAACUAAUGCCUUAUUUUUAAUCUAAAUUUCAAUUAAAAUGUGAGUUUUCAAACUUUUAA